GCUCUGUACAAUAAGUAAGGUUGUACAGCGCUGUGUGUUCUUGUAGCAAUAAAGUUAUACACAGCUACAUAAUACUAUAACAAUGAUUUCUAACUCUGGGAAUUCUGGGUGCAGUUGCGCUAUUUACUCUGCCUUGGGCACUAUUAGUUAGUAUGGAACGGGCACUAACAGGGGCUCAUUUAUUCCUUUUCAGACACUUUAUGUGUUUCCUUUAUUUUUGCAGCUGCCUGUAGUGUAUUUCCAAGCAAAUAAUGGAAAUAACUGAAAUCCUUAGUUGUUGGCAGCUGAAAUCAUGUGACUGUGCUCAGGGGUAAUGACAUCACAAUGGUAAUGACAUCACAAUGAGUGAGAAGCUGUGUAAGCGCUGCUGGCAGCAGGGAGCAGUCAGAUUAGUGAUUUUCGUGCCACCAUGAGGUCGCUAGUCCUUGCGCUGCUCUUACUGACAGCUUCUUUCAAAGUAAGUUGGGUUUUUUUGUAUUUUGGGAGUAUAUUGAUUUGGUUUCCAGCCAUUAGAGAUAGUUCUGUUAUAUAUUCUAUUGUAAUCAAAGUUUACAGUGUCUUUUAGCCCAGACCCAACCAAUCAGAUGGUUAGUUUCAAACACACAACCAGUAAAUAAUACCUGCUGAUUGGAUGCUAAGGGUUACUAGACCAAAUUAGUAUAGGAAUGGCAGCAAUCUACGUGAACUAUAUUAAUCUCUGUGUGUUUCCAUUACAGGAAAAAUUUAUCAAAACUUCAAUUCAACCUUCUUGUUCAUGGAAUGACGAAUCUUAUUAUCGGAUCAACCUUAUAGCUGAUGAGUCCUGCCCAGCCAGUCCAUCAACUAAGGAAAGUCACCCUGAUGUGGAAUUAGUACAGGAAUUACCCACACUGGUUCAGCUGAUGACCCCGAGGCAAACUAUCUAUGCUGACUUCCCAUCUGUAUCUGACCCAGAGAAUAAAUGGAACAUAGCAGAGAUCCUUGGGGACCUGUUCUCCUCAGACAACUCGAGUCUCUUUAUGUGCAUUUUAUUGGAUCUCAUAACUCUAAUGUACUUCUGGAAGGGGAAGCGAAAGGAUGAAGAAGAGGCCACUGCUGAGAACGAGGCACAAAACCAAAUGCCUAAACAUGUAAAUCUGAAAAGAAAAAAGGCAAUACCUAAAAAGAGAGAGAACCGACAAACCCAGAGGCCCAAAAAGAAGAAACUUGGCUUCAGAGUUAGAAAGAGUUUCUGCCGAGUUCCACGGAAACUGAAGAGAAAAGGAAAAUCCAAGCCAAAAAAAAUUGAAUUUGGCAAACUCUUCUGCAAGUUUAUCUCCCUGUGCUUGGAAGGGGAUUUCUAACCCUCAACUGCUGCAACUCCAACUCUCCAACUGGGAGAAUGUAGUUCACCCUAUGGGUUUUUUAAUAAUCAAUGGAGUCAAU